UCUCAUUUCUCUCUUUCGCAUUUGAACUUUUAACAGUACUGAGAUCAAGAUGGCGACGCUAAACAUGGCGGAAACCCUAGAAACCCUAAUCGCUAAUUCCCAAGAAGUUGAUUACUCCUACGAUCCCGAAGAAGAUGACAUUGAUCUCUCCCUCCUCCGUCUCAACAGCUUCGGAAACUCCUCUGAUCGCCGCCGUGCGAAUUCCUCUCCUCCGCAAUUCAAAUCGUACGGAUCUUUCGGUUCCUCUUCAACCACCGCAACAACCAGUCCCGUGAAACGUCCAUCGCCGGAAUCGAAGCAAGGUGACGAGCCGAGACGCAAGAAGCUGUUUAUUCCGAGACCUGAGGAAGAAGAAGACCCGAAUCUCAUGGGAUAUUCAAAGAUUCCGCUUCCUGUGGUUGAAUUCAAUCCGACGCAAAUCCGUUCUCCUCUUUACAAGCGAUCUUUAUCCGAUACAUUUGCUUCGCCCGUUGGAUCUACAUUCGGGUCGGGUGGGUCGGGUUAUACCCGUAACAGCGUCGCUCAAGAAACAUCACCUCCUUCGGGUAAUGUCCCUUCUCUCCCGCCACGUCCACGGAUGUUCCGGAGGUCCGUCUCUGAUCUUUCGCCGGCACCGUCCUCCAAGUCUCUUCUUGGAUCUUCUCGCUCCAAUGCAAUUCCUGAAGGUGAUCUCGCGAAUCCAGAAAGCUCUGAUGCCAAUAAGAUGCUGUAUAUUAUCAAGGAUGGAGUUCGUGAAUUGGAUCAAUGGUGUAACAAGCUUCUUAAGUACGGUGAAGCAGUCUCCUCUGGCUCUGUGAAACAAGACGACAGUCCUAAGGUUCGAGAAUCUUCUUGACACACAAUCUCAAUGGAAUCUUGCUGGUGAAAUGCAUUUGGAACAAUCGUAUUGGUCUAUCAAACAUGUCCUUCAUUGAGUUGUUCAUUUACUUGGCUCUUAUCUAAUCUCUGAGUUAAAGUCCUGUUUUUAAGCACAAUGAUUGUUGCUCACUUACUUGUCUCUUAUGAUCUUCUGAGUUUAAGUCUUGUUUUUGAGCACAAUGAUUGUUUGUUGCGGUGCAGGCAGUAGAUGAGGUAGUACAACAAGAGGAGCAACCAAAAGAGUGCAAAGAAGGUGUGAAGGUCAACAGACUCGGUGAGGCCUUUGUGGUUGAGAUCAACUGUCCAUGUGGAAGAAACUACCAAACUCUCUUCUCAGGCCGUGACUGCUACUACAAGCUCUUGUAGAAUGGUGACCGCUACCUUUUUGCAGUUGUUAGACAUUCACAUUCUUUGAUCAUCAUCACCAUUAGUUGAAGGAUCUAUCAUGCUGCAUAUUCAUCACAAAGGUUUUCUGUAGAUAAGAAGACAUUCACACUCUGUUUCAUGCUUGUAUAGAUACUAGGUAGCUAUACGUUCCAUUGUCAUAUACUCUCUUGUGCAUUCGCUUACUUGUAAUACUCUUAAAUAUGUUUCAUUCGUUAAAAUGGAAGUGAUUUCUUGUGUGUUUGUUA